AUGGAUAGGGCACGUCGGAGAAGAUGUACGUGGCCGGCCAACGAUGGGGCUACCGCUUGCGAGUACUGCGCAUCACGUCGGUUACAAUGCGUGCAAGAACCGCCUGAGGGUGGAUAUUAUCACAGACGCCAAGCGAGGCUUCAGGAGGCCAACCACGAAAAACAAGCCAUGUCACCAAAUCAGUUGAUUGGUCUUUCUUUUACUGGUCCACAGGUUCAGCUACCUCCCAUGUCGUUGAGGCUUGAGCUUGCAACACUAUAUUUUGAUUAUAUCCAUGACCAGUUCCAUUCAUUGUUCCACCGCCCAAGCCUUAUGGACGACGUAGCCAACGACCGAGUAGCCCCCGUCGUGCUUUUGGCAAUGUUUGCGCUAUCGGCAAGGUUCUCGUCCAAUGAGCUCUUAGCAGGCUCCAACCCGCGGGAUCGCGGCGAACCAUUUCGGACAGCCAGCGAAAGUCUGCUCAAUGUCCGCGACAUUUCAACACGGACUUGCCAAGUUUGUAUUAUGCUUGGCGGGUACGCCGCUGGACACGGAGAUACCGACGUGGAGAAUCUUUACUAUACCUUGGCCGGUCGGAUGGCGUUGACUCUGGACUUUCCCAAUAAACCCGCCUCCAGCACCCUAGAGAGGGAAACAAAUAUUAGAAUAUGGUGGACAAUUUGCAUGGUGGAUGUAUGGUCUUCCACAGCAGUGAAGCUGCCGAGGGUUAUGCCCAAUUUACAUUCCGUUCCACUACCCAUGGACGAAAUACCUUUUCUAUCACUACCCAGCAGCUACGCAAGCGAUGCCACAUUCGGGUCGCCGCUUCUCUCACAGAUGAUCAAGCUCAAUAGAGUUCUGGCACAAGUCAAUGACUUCAAUAGGAAAUGCGUCGAACAGCGGCUUGAAGGUCCCACACUGGAAGUUGGAAUACAAUGCUUGUCGUUAGAACUUGAGCGAUGGGUAGUGAGUCUGCCGUACAACAUGCGGGAUACCCCGGAAAACUUCGCUUGGUUUGCGUCUCACGGUCUUGGUCGUGUUUUCGCCGCCGUGUAUCUAGGCUACUACUACUAUGGACAGCUGCUUUACUACCAAUUCCUGGGCGCCGAAGCCACUGGGUCUGUAAACUCUUCACAUAUCUAUGCCGAUAAAUGCAAGGAUCAUGCUGCAAAGUUGUGCGAGAUGGUUUACCAAACAUUUGAUACACCCGGCAGCGAGGUGCUCUAUGCAGCCGUCGCUCACGUCAUUGUGAUAGCGUCAACCGUGCAGAUUCACACUCUGCUCUUUUCUUCUGACGAGAUACAAAUCCGGCUGUCCAGGAUACGAUUAGAGCGUAAUUUCGAGAUUCUAUUACAGCUGAGACCUUACUGGUCCAGCGCCGACAGUGCUAUGAGUCGACUAAGAGCUUUCCACCAGACGUGCCUCAAGAGGAAUAAGGCUAGCUUUGUGUUGGACAAAUGGCUAUUGCGAUUCCUUGUAGAAUUCGCUCCAUAUAUGGAUUCAGAACCACGUGAAACGGAUCCCCAUUACGAAGCCCUAUGGUCGCUUUCCAAGGAACAGCAGUAUCAGUCUUCAUUGCCUGUUGAGAACAUAUAG